AGGCGGCACUUGUCCUGUGCUGCUCUGCUCGUGUCGCCUUUCUCCUUGUCCAGAGCGCAGUGCGCCCCCUUCACGACUUCUGGCUCCCAUUUUCUGUACGAAUAACGCCCUUUUACGACCCAUGGCUCAACAUCCCAAGCCCAUCCCCCUCGUCGCCCCCGGCCACACCCGCCCCGUCACCCAUCUCUCUUUCUCGCCCUUGCAGGAGGAUGGCACCUACGUCCUCAUCUCCAGCUGCAAAGACGGAAAUCCGAUGCUUCGUGACUGGACAGGAGACUGGAUAGGAACCUUCAUCGGCCAUAAAGGUGCCGUCUGGUCCAGCAAACUUUCUCCGGAUACUUCCCGUGCCGCGUCUGGCAGUGCAGACUUCACAGCGAAGAUUUGGGACACGUACAGCGGCGAGGCUCUCCACUCUUUUCCUCACAAUCACAUCGUCCGCAGCGUCGCGAUAUCCUCGAGCGCGUCGCAUCUCCUCACGGGAGGCCAAGAGAAGAAAGUGCGCAUGUUCGAUCUUCGCAGGCCGGACGCAGAGCCGGAGCUACUUCUCGAUAGCGGCGCGGCCCUCUCGCAUGACGGAACCGUCAAGAGCGUCGUGUGGGUGGGAGAGCACACAGGCGUGACUGCAGGCGAGGAUGGUGUUGUCAAAUGGUGGGACCUGCGCACCAAGAUUCUCUCUUCAAGCAUGACUUUCGGCGGCCCUAUCACGUCUAUGGAGCUUUCACCUCAAACCAGCCGGCUAGUCGUCACCUCCGGCAAAACGGUCGCGUUCAUUCCGGCGCUGCCAAGUGGCGGAAACGAUAUUCACAGUCUCACCCUGCCAUAUGCGCCAUCAUCGGCUUCUAUUCAUCCUAUCCUGCAAGAUAGAUUUGUUACGGGCAGCAUGACCGACGAGUGGGUUAGGAUGCACAGUCUUGACGGCACGGAGCGAGAUGUCCUGAAGGGUCAUCAUGGCCCUGUACACUGUGUCGAGUUCAGCCCGGACGGGGAGAUGUUUGCGAGUGGCAGCGAGGACGGCACGAUUCGACUGUGGCAGACGACACCAGGCAAGGCUUACGGUCUUUGGCAGGGCCCUCAGACCAACGGCGGUUAAUAAUCUACUAGAGAUGUUUGGACGAUAAUGUAGUGGUGACUGUCCUUGGCUCGCUCACGACUGGGUUACGCUACUACCCUUCAGUUUUUACAUACUGGUAUCCCGCAAAUCCGUAUUUAAUGCUGGCAAAAACCCGACCAUUGCAUUGAAAAUCCCGAGGUUACUUUGUUGUACAUGUAUAAAUCAUCGAAUAACAGCUGGCAGCUCGCGGACACAAAAUAUGAAACUUUAUAAGGAUCCUGGCCCAUAUAGAUACAGUGGAGAAGCGUGAAUGUAACCGUUGAUAAAUACUGUCUGGGUUGUCCGGGUGAAGGGUAUACGUGGUGUUGUGGUAUUCUCGGAAAAUCAGUAGUUAUGUGCAUGUGGUGUCUGUGAUACUUGCAUAAGUGGUGGUGGCGGAUAUUGCCCAGUGGGUUGCGGUUCAGGGAUGCGUCCGUGGUACACAGGGUGGAGUGCCGCCCACUUGUUCCCGUUGUCCCAGGCGUGCUCGCCAAAGUUUUUGCCCACGAUGACGACGCUCUCCUCCUCGGCGAGCGCGACGUAGUCCUUGAGCUGCGCGCAGCCCGCGCGCUGGUACACGGCCGGGUGCUCCUGGCGGAGCAGCGAACCCAGCUGCGAGAAGUUCACGCGCGUGUUCCCCGCGAGCCGCUCCCGCUCGAGCACGCGCACGAGCAGCUUGAACUUCUGCGGCGGCUUCUUCAGGCGCACCAUCACCGUCGUCGGGAUGAUGACGUCCGCGCGCACCUGCGCCCACACUAACGGCGGCUCGUCAUGUUCGAGUAGUGACGGUUCCUGGUCCGUACUGCCUUUUGCUGCUUCGGUCUGGGCGAAGUUGAUGUCAUCGAGGGGGGUGUGCGGAGCAGAUGAAGACGCUGAUAGACGAUCGUUCUGUUCUUGGACGUAUUCCGGGUUGUAGGUGUGUGAUCUAAUCUCUCCGUCGUAGGAUACUUCCGUCGCUACCGGCUCAGCGGGUGACAGAGCAUCGUCUAUCGCGGCCUCAUCACCGUCCCGUGUUUCAUCGAUAACUGACGUAGCGUCGAAGGAGGUAUCCAUUAUCGAAGAUUGCGGGUGGAAGACAGGUGCAGCAAUUGCGAGCCUGGAGGGCCUCCAAGUUGGCGAAAGGCGCUGGUCAGAUCCCGAUUGAGAUGUGGCAGGACCAGCUGCCACAACUGCAUGGCUGGAUCUUAGCGCCGAAGAACCUGGAGGGCCUUUGUCAAGAUUCAGGACGGGGAGAGACGUCGAACGAUAAUGCUGCAUCGAGUUUGAUCGUGUUCUCUGCUCGUCUGAUAUAGGAAGCGUUGACAAUCCGGAUUGCGGCGUGUUGGGUGUUGAAUAUAUGCGGGUCAUAGACGAUGUCUGACGUUCCGAGGGCGGCGCCACCGCAGAUCGCGAAGAUGACAGCGCCGAUGCUCGCGGUUUCAGCAUCGACGCCGGCGUGGGUGCUGGCAGCUCUGCUUGAAGCACACUCCGGGGCCAUUCGUAGACAACGGUUGCCUGAGAUCUGAGGCUUGCGUGCGCCGCUGGCGGAGCCAAUAGGACAACCUUGUACUUGCGGAGGCGCAUUGUGGACACAGCAUAGACGAAGUCUCGAUCUCCGGUGAUCAACACGAGCGUCGACGGCGGAUUAUCAAUCGCGUGGGCGACGAUGUCCACCAUCAUCAUCUUGUCUGCGACGUCCUUGCGCCCGUUAUGUGGGCAGUCGAUAAGAGUCACGCCACAUGCCUGGAGGUCCGAGCGCAGAGAGUACGACCGGCCAGAGUCCUUGUCCGAUACCUCGAAAUAGGCCCUAAAGACCUUCACGUGCCCAUAUUCAUGUGCAAUGCGGCGGAUACCAUUGGCAACGAGGAAGCUGUCGGCGACUCCGGGUAUCUCACAGUUCUCGUAAUCCCAAAAGAUAGCAACGUUGUCCUCGGAGGACAUGGUGGGGUAAUGCGUAAAGUUAGCCUGUCAUCCGCAGCGAGCCCAGUACUUAUACUGGGCAUCAUUACACAGCCCGGGACACGACCCUACAAGCAUUGUGCCCGGAGCGCGGUUUGUUCUGACUCGAGCUUCCGUUCAGUGCUGAAGCGGGUUUGCCUGUCAAUCUCCAGAACGUCGCCUACAAGACACAGCACAGCAGCUCUACUACCUGAAUAUGGAAUGAAUGCGCACAGCACAUGGGUACCUAAAAUCCAAGUGAGACAGAUUUAGCAGGUAUCCGUAGUGAUGCUGCCAAAUGGUUACGACCAGCCAGGAGGCGCCCAAGAUAUAACAGCCAACGUGUCCCGAGUGCCUGAGCAGCUUGAGAGGAUUAAGUUACGUCCAGUAAAAAUAAUGGCAGUACACCGGAUUUCUUGGAGCUCCAGCAGCACGGAUGACGCGUCGUAACGCGACGGCGGAAAAGCGCGGCCGGCAAGCUGUGCACGCCGCGCAGGGGGGCGGGUCACACCACAACGGUCCACGACAUCCGUUGUACAGCAUCAUAUAAAUCCGUCAGCAAUUUCCACAAUAGCCAUCAAGGGCGCCUAUAGCCCGGAUGCGACAUGUGCUGGCUAAGUCGCGCUGCGCAUUGUUCAUUAUUCGGGAGAAGCUUGAUUUAUCGUCGUUAUUGUCUAACAUGCCAGUAAUGCGCAUACCUCACAGAAAGCCUGCUGAAAUCUGACCGUGAGCCUCAUAAGCGCUUCAUAUUCACAGCCAUACCCUGCGCGUGCAGAAAUCUGGUCCCUAACGAGCUGUACACCUAUCCAUGCAUCUUGCACAACAGCACUACGGAUGAAAGCCAAGACGCGUCUACCGCUGAAUGCUCCGGACGCAGGUUGGGACGAGGAGCCGACGAAGGCAGUGCAACGGCGACGGAACACUCAGGCUCUUAAGCUUGUUGGCUCCAGUGACGUGGGGCGGGGUGCCGGCAUGCACUGGUAUGCAAACAGCAUCAGUACUCCUAUAUUGCGCGCGAAUCUGACGACCAUACUCUCUGUUCAUGUCGUCGCGUAUCCGAAAGUUGCAGAAGGCGACGCUCAUUGACUACCGGAGAAUACCGGCGUUCGACAAAUGAGAUCGCUGUUAAGGUUAGGGUCAUGUUGACUAAUUGCUCGAAACUAGGCUUGAACGAGGGCGAUAUUUCUUCGCCUUCUCCUACACUGCACUAAUAGCUAAUUUAACAAAAUCUCACUAAAACACUACGUUCUAAUUGAGCACUUGAAUGGAAGACGACACCGAAACUUCGAACCUUUCGAGAUCCUCGCCUACCCCGACGGCUGGAGGGCACGGCCCCCACACGGGUCGCGUCCCGGUACACGCUCCUACAUUGACGCACCAUACAUCGCAUACGCUUGGCCUUCCUGCGCCUGACUUUUUCAAUUCGAUCGCAAGCGGUGCGCACUACGCCGGAGCACUGACUUCACAUCCGCACGUCGGACAUGCAAAGAGCGGGCACAGCCGUCGCUCUUUGAGCAUGUCCGGCAGUGACCCAACCGUCGUAGAGCUGUACGGUGAUGUCUUGAGAGACAUCGAAGAUGUCAGUUCUUCUCUUGCACAGGACAUUUCACCGCUGAAGCUGCUUCUGAAGCUCUUCUGUGCUCGACCUACUCCGGAGCUUUUUCAGCGGAGAUGGAGGCAGGAUGGCGAGUACGAAGAUCCGCUAAGCAAAGCUCAUGGCUAUUCGGAAUGUGCCGCUCAGUUUUUUUGUCUAGUAAGUCCCGUGCUUCAGUAUCUUCUCUCCGCUCGUGAUUACCUACCAAUGAUCUAGGCAAAGCUUUGCUCGUCCUCCAAACGACUAUCCUGCAGGAUCGUGUCCGCAACUUUGAAGCCGAAUAGACUCGUUCUUGCACAGACGCAAGAAUACACGAUUCGCUGGCUGGGUUUCGAAAAGGUAGCGACAUGACCAGAUUCUCGGAUUAAAGAUUCUGACCUGGAGUGAUAGAUAAUCACGUCCUUUGUCCUAGUGGAUCUUGAUGAAGACUUCAAGAUCGUCAAGCUAGUUGAUCAGUGGGAUGGAAACAAGUUACCUACACGCUGGGGCUUGCUGCAGCUCAGAAGGUUCAGUGCGAAGCUUAUUCGAUGGUUUGUGACCGUACCGAAGCCAAAUCCGACUGCUGAUUGAACAACCGGAACUACAUAAUUUAUCUAGUCUCAUCAUAUUGUAUCGCACCCCCGAUGUUUUAUGCUGUAAGAUAUGUAAACUCUUGUCACGUAGUAAAUACACGACACAUUGUAAAUUGACUAAUUGGUGCACGAAUGUUGUACUGCUAAGGGGAAAACUGGCACAGAGAAACGCCACAUAGUACAAAGUUUGUACAAAGUGGUCGGCAGAUGCUCUGCUUGUGCAAACUCGCCCUUUUGCUCGAGGGAGAGGCUGUAGAUAUGCAGGCGGUGAGGUGCACAGCAUUGAUACUUCUGACUGAAACUUAAAUGCAAACACUGACGCGGACGUUGUACCUUUCUCGACCCUCGCAUCGCCUCCACUUAAUGCACACGAAUCGCCCUUUGAGCUUCCAGAAGUAAGUCAACAGCGCGUCGAGGAUUUCGCUGCAGAUAUCGUGGCUAGUGGAGCCUCAGAAUACGGAAGAGCCCUGCACAAUAUGCAUCAACGACACACGCUAGGAAAGCUGAGACAUGGGUGAUCGACUCAUGGCCAACUAGGUCCAAAUACCAAAGACCCCAUCCGAGCAGCCUUUCCAGAAGCUCUACCGUAGCCGCCAUCGAUGGGUUUUAGUCAUGAGACGCGUAUACGGCAGCUCAGGACUUUGGAAUGCCACACGCAAGAUCUCAGGGCUUGUGGCAAGUACAACACUUUCGCCUGGUCACGGUGCUGUUACUAGCGCAAGAGUGAAAGACGUGAGUCCUAUGAUUAGCUAACGAAGUGAAGUCCUUCGGGUCCGCCUGCCCACCUGCCUACGAACCUUAAUUUCGCCCGGCAACUUCUCUUGUUAGUACCUGGAAGUUCGCAACAAUGCGGAGUAAAUCACCGUUAUUUAGUCUUGCAUAUUCCACCGGAAAGAUGCUGUAAUUACAACGUGUUAUAUGACUUGGUGACGUUAGAGAAAAAUCGUUAUCGGGGUGUUCUCACAUGGUUUAUCGCAGGAGGUGGAAAUGCUGAGACCGUCAUUGGACUUGUCGAAUUCAAUCAGUAGUUGAAGAUGUCGCGGUGGGCUUUCGGUGGUUAAUUGUGCAAUGUUGUGUGGCGUUUGCUACCCAUGUAUGUGCAGCGAGUGGAUCGCGAAUGGGUUCGGUCAUUCCCGCUAUGUCGUGUUGACGGAAGGCGGAUCAUACAGCGCAACACGAUUUCAGGAGCUUCGCAGAGACUUACCAAGAUCUAGCAAUUUCGUUCUAGUUCAU